CCGCUCUGUCCAUAUAAGUUCUGCAGCCCCCGGAUGGAUGUGCUCGGAUACAGCUUCCGUCUCAAGUCUUCUUUCUGAGAAUUAGCAUAUUUACAAUGUCAACCGUGAUUCUCGGAGGAGGUAUCAUCGGAUCCUCCAUUGCCUACUAUCUCUCCGAAAGCCAACCGGCAGACGAGAUCCAUGUUAUUGAAUCCUCAUCCAAACUUUUCUGCUCCGCCUCUGGUUAUGCCGCUGGAUUCAUAGCGAAGGAUUGGUUUGCGCCUUCGCUCGCGCCACUGGGAGAGCUCUCCUUCAAUCUACACGAGUCUCUCGCUGCUGAGCACGGAGGGGCGCAGAAAUGGGGAUAUAUGAAAGGCGUUGCGCUGAGCCUAGGCUCUAUAAACAACAAGGGUGGCGCUCGUGGCGACGAUUGGCUCCGUGCGGGCACCAGCCGCGCUGAGACGGCUGCAGGAACGACUCAGUACGACGACCCCGAGGUGCCAGAUUGGUUGACACAGCAGCAAGGCGCAGCGGUAGAGCAGAUUAGCGAUAAGGAUACGACUGGCCAAGUUGAUCCCCUGAGGCUGUGCAAUUUCCUGAUGGACGCUUGCACAUCACGCGGUGUUAAGAUACAUAAUCCCACCAAAGCUACGUCUGUCGUUAAAGACGAGAGCGGUGCUAUCACCGGCAUCAAGAUCAUCAACUUGGACACACAAGCCGAAUCCACGAUCCCUUGCACCAAUCUAGUGGUCUGCGCCGGACCCUGGACCCCCCAAGUUUUCCAGGACCUGUUUCCCUCGUCCAAAGUUUCUCUCCCUAUCUACUCGCUGGCCGGUUACUCCCUUGUUCUUCGCUCCCCUAGACACACCCCGGAGCAUGAGCAGAAAACAUACGGCGGCAACAGUCAUGCUGUCUUCACAACAUGGCCCCCAUCCUGCGGCUUCAGUCCUGAGAUCUUCUCUCGAGAAGGAAAUGAAAUCUACAUCGCGGGAUUAAACAGCAGGGAAAUCCCGCUCCCAGAACGAGCAGAUCUCUUCCACACGGCAGUGGAGCAGAAAGAGAUGGAUCGACUCAAGGCAGCGAGUGUUCGUCUGCUCGGUAAGCUUGCCGAGGGCAGUGAGAAGUCGACGGAUGAGAUCCCGAACAUCGACGACCUGGAGAUCACCCGUGAAGGGCUGUGUUUCCGUCCUGCUUCAGAGCGCGGCACACCUUUUGUUACGAGAGUCGAGGACAGCUUGUUGGGAGAUGGCGUGAGCGCAGCAGACAAGGGUGGCGUGUUUGUUGCCUCGGGCCAUGGCCCUUGGGGAAUCUCACUUUCGCUGGGAACUGGAAAGGUCCUGGCAGAUAUGGUUAGAAGAGUCCAGCCCGCAGUGGAUGUCAGUGGGCUGGGGUUGGAUGCAUAGCCUAUAGACAGUUAUCUACAGCGAUAUGUGAUUGAAACCAUGCAUUUAAUG